GGAGGUUUUCUGCAGAUUGAGCAGAGCAGCCGCAGCCCAGAAAAGGAGAGGAAUCGAUGACUCAGCGCUGAACUGUUGAGACUAGAAAGGUGCUUCUGUUAAGUCAUCAGUUUCCCUUCCUGGUAGACGGCAGCCUCACGCUCCUAUUUGCACAAAGCUUCCUGCUCCAGCAGCAUCAGCCCAGCUUGGGCACAGGCUGAGGACAAGGUCUUCAUUGUUAUAACAGAGGGACACAGAAGGCAACCGGGGCCUUUCACGGCUUCAGGCGUCUGUGGCUACAACCUUCGCAACCAAAGGCUGAUGCGGUGCCUAGGACAGCAGGACUCCCUGGAAGUGACAUGGCAACAGGCACCUGUGAGGUAUUGGAGAGAGACCUGGAGUGUCCUGAAGCCAUAAAAGAGCUGCCAGUGCUGGUAGAGAGAAUUCUAAGGCUGUCGAGGGAGGACGUGAGAAAAGAUGCUGAAGUGCCACAAAGCGAAGAGGCGGUAAACAGUAGCUCACACGGGAUAGAGAAGGAGGAGAGGAACACGCUGCACGUCAUCGAGAAGGAUCUAGAUGAGUUUGUGGAAAGCAUAACUGACACACCAGUCGUCCCGGCGAUUACAGUGACGAGGGUAGAAAGGGUGGAGGAGACAGCCAGCUCUGCUUCGCCACAAGUUCCCAAGACCCUUCCAGUGAAGAGGAAGGCCGAGCCCCACACCAUCGGCCCCAGGAAGGAGGAGGUCCCCUGGGAAGGCCUUACCCUCAACAAGAUCAUUCUCAUCGCCUCCUUUGUCGCUCUGCUAAGCAUGGGCUUCCAGGUCUUCCAAGAUGUCAUCGACGUAGACGACGAGGUUCCCGAAGCAGAGCCCAGCCUGCGGGCCCAGCCUGUGCGCAGGCUUCCCGAGGACGGUGCCAGCGAGAGGGGAGAGCUGCGGUUUUUCAAGAGCUGGUUGAGCUGGUGGGAGCCGGAAGCAGCAGGAGACCCUGAAGCCAAGGUGGAAGGGCCGCAGCAGGACUCCCCAGCCAGGGCAGAGCCGAGAAGGGGCCAGGAGAAGCCGAGCGCGCUGGAGAAGGAGGUGGAGAAGCCCAGAGAGAGUGAGGCGGCUCAGCCGGAGAGAGGCGGCAAGAAGGGGAUGCAGCCCAAGGACAGGCCCCCCGAGGGCCAGGCCAGCAAAAUGCACAGGGCCCCUCCAGCAGGCUCUGAGGAGGAGGCGGAGGGGCAGCAGCGCAGCAGCAAGAAGGCCCGUGGCGAGGGGAAGGAGGGCAAGCGGAGGGAGGGGAAGGAGCGGGGGGAGCGGCCCAGGCGGGACGAGGGGAAGGGCCGCCACCCCAAGCCCGACUCACCAGCCCAAGGGCCAGGCCGCAAGGAGCACCGGCAUGAUGAAAGCUGGAAGCGGGACUCUAAGCAGCAGCGAGGGGAGCACAAGGGCCGGAAGCCCUGGGAGCAGCACAAGUUCAGGGAAGGCAAGAGGCAUGACUGAGAACCUGCCCCCUCGCGCCUGAAUGGUCCUGAGCAACGGGGUUGAACAACACUAAGUCUGGGGGCACCCAAAUUCCCUGCCCCGCAAGGCUCCAGCCUGAAGGCAGCACAUAAUCACCCCAGCACCAGCCUUUCCUUUCAUCCCCGAGAGCCGCGCUCACGUGAGAGAUUUGCUGGCCAUUGCUUUUUCCUCCCUAGACAUUGCUUGUUUGCUGAGUUCCCCAGGAAUUAGACACACCUGCCAUUGAUAACCCCGCCUGCGGUGACAGAGCAGCAGCGUGGUUUUGUGGUUAGAGCCACAGACUGGGUGGUGAGAGAUCUGAGUCCUGGUCCCAGCUCUACCACUGACUUGCUGGGUGGGGCUGGGCAAGUCAUGUCACUUCUUUGUGCCUUGUGUUUCCCCAGCUGUAAAAUGGGGAUGAUGAUACUUCGCUAAGGCCCAGGGGUUGCUGUGAGUGCAGGUGAGACGCUUUGAGAUCCCUGCAUCGGUGCUGGGUAUCGCUGCUGGAGUGGGGGCGCGGCCAGUGCUGUCAUGGGCCUUAGGUGCAAAUUUGGACUCCCCUGAGUUCGAUGCUUAAAGGAAAGCUGAAAAGGGGGGGAUGAGUUUGUCCUUUUGUGCUUCAUAAGAGGUCCCCCAGCCCCACCAGAAAUAUUUUUCUGCUUGUUUUGUGACCUCACCAAAUAAUCAGACUAUCCAGGUAUUGCUGGAGGACUCUCUGGAGCUUUUGCAUGUACAAAGAGCUCUCUCGGGGUCCACAGAUGUCAGUGUUUAACCUGGAGAGCUUUUCUCCCAACUGUUUGUCAGACAUCUGAAUUAAAUUGGUGUUAACAAAACCAAACCAAAAGACAUAGGUUCUAACAGCCUGAAUGGAAAUCCCAGUCCCUGCCACUGAUUCAGGUUUCAGACCUUCAUGGUGACCACGAUGCUACAAUCCUACUCAUUUUCCAGUCAUCCCUAGAGACUUCUAAAGAAAGCUGAAGGUCUAAUGGCAAAGCCAAGCAGGUGGGUGCUGGGGUGGGGGGAACCUUAGAAGGAAAACUAGAAGACAGGAGCAAAAAAGGCACAACCCCCUAUUUCCCUGUGUGUCCCCAUUCAGUUACAGUUUGAACGUAUAGAAACACAAGCAAAGUGCGCUGCUUUUCAGGGCUUUAGUAAGAACAGAAGAAGCAUUGCAGCCCCAAACAGCUGAGGUAAAUAGUUUAUUCUGACCUCUACUGAGUUAGCAAAAAUGUCCUUUUUAAUAAUGUAUU